AGAGCGAGAAGAUAAAAAAAGGCAGAGGAGGGAUGGUGUAUUUCUUCCACACUAGGAGAGAUUCCACACACUCUUGGUUUUCGUCGUCCUCCCGUGACUGAGCGCUGUCUGUCUCUCCAGGAAAUACUGCCGCAGCUCCGGCGGGUCGGGGUUUCAGAAGACCAGAGAAUUGGAUUUCAACGCCGCAGACAGGCAGGGACAGGUGCUGCAGGCGGAGAAAGGAGGAGCAAAGCAAAGCAGAGACACGCUGCACCGCUUCAGAGGAAGAAUUCUGAAACAGCUGUCCAGCAGACGUCCUGCCUGCGAGAAGCAAACCCUCAAGGGCAGAAAGAGCGAGACAGAGAGGAGAGGGAGAGAGUGAGAGAGAGGAGACCAAAACGGCAACACACUGCACCACCCAGAAGCUGACUAACAGUUUAGGUCAAGACACCUUCAGGACGGCAACUGCAGAGUGAGGAUAACAGGGAACCAUUCAUUUGCAGGUAAAGGGCAAUAAUUGAAUUACUGGGUCUGGAUUAUCUUCAGCGAGGAUUUGAGAUACAUUUAAAACAGCUGCUCUCUGAGAAUGUAACCCCUGCUCUUUAACUGCAAGACUCCAGAAGGUCAUCACACAACUGAGGACAUCUGAACUUCCAGAGUGUUUCCUGUUCCUCUCCAUACCCACUGGACUCUACAGCAGGCAUGCCUGCCAAAACACCCAUCUACCUGAAAUCUAACUACAGUAAGAAGGGAAAGAAAUGUCGUCUGAGGGACAUUUUGUCCCCGGAUAUGAUCAGCCCACCUCUUGGGGACUUUCGUCACACGAUUCACAUUGGAAAAGGUGGUGAAUGCGAUGCCUUCGGUGACAUGUCGUUCCUGCAAGGAAAUUUUGAGCUCCUACCAGGAAAAGGAGGUCGUGUUAGACCUCAAUAUGGCCUUCAUGGUGAAUUCACAAGAGCUAACAGCGCAUCUGACGCAUCUUAUGUCGAAACUCCAUCGCCAGUUUUGAAGAAUGCAAUCUCGCUCCCAACUAUUGGUGGAAGCCAAGCACUGACACUACCAAUGAUCUCCACCACCGUGUUUCCCAUGACCCAUGAUAACAUGUCUGAGCCAUCCACUCCUCCAGCCGGUUCUGAAGAUCUGGAAAUCCUGCAGAUGGAGACUCUGCUUCAGUCCAUCAGCAUUUUCAGGAGCGACCCCAGCCCUGUCCCAGAGGAGGACGAACCAAUGAUCGACCGCAUGGAGAUGAACGAGAAGUCUUGUAUGAAAAAGAUGCACAGCAGUGAAAAAGAGCUUGAAACGUUUUUGUCCGUCUUCGUUAAUGGGAACGGUGAUGCCAAUGGAAACUUUAACAAUGGUAACAACGGCGACUCUGUCUUCCAGUAUGAACAGGAUAUGUUCAGCAUUAAGGGCGACUGGGCAGACAGAGAUAGCGGUGUGGAAGAGGGUCGUCUCUGCGAUUCGGACUUUGAAAUCUCCAAAAGCAAAAGCCAGUCACAGGAAUCGCUGCCACAAAUCACAGGAUCACUUUUCUCCCUUGAACUUGACUUGGGCCCGUCCAUUUUGGAUGAUGUACUGAAUAUCAUGAAUAAACCAGUAUCUUAAGCUAUGACUUUUACAAAGAGACUGAAAUAAGGGAAUCUAUUCAACUUGAGCCAUUAAACAUAUGGCAAUACUGAACUGAAAAACCUGAACUUUGUUUUGCAGAGUAAGUUUUUGCUUCAGAAAGUCUUGCAGACCUUCUUUUGCAAACAAAUAAUGCGAUUGACACACAGCCGUUGUGCCUUUUAAGUUAAGUUUUAGCAUGCAUAGACACUGAUGUUGUACAUGGAGAUGAAAAUUAGGCUUUUACUGUGUACUGUUGUUCGGGCACGACAUCUACAACAAUAUACAAAACUAAGUGUGAUAAUGUGUACCUUUCUCCAAACAUAUAUGGUGUUCUCAUCACAACCUCAUACACGCACAGAUAUAUUUAUACUGACAGUUUCAUUAACCACACUACCAGAUCUUUAAGGCAUAUAUACCUGACGCAUAUAUGUUUUUACGUUGUGAAGCUAAAUAUGAAAUAAAUAAAUCAAUAAACAACU